AUAAUCAUUUGUUCGUCAAUGAACAAUUAAACACGUAAUUAAUAAUUAAAAGUGAAGUAGAAAAUUAUUUUAUAUUAACAAAAAAUGAGCGAAUUAUAAUUGAAAUAUUAUAACCCUUAUAUUACCUUUAAAAAUGAAAUAUUUAUAAAAGCAACGUUACGAUAGAAAAUGGAACAAGUUACGGUGGAAAGCAGAACAUUUAAAAAUGAAAUAUUAGAAGACAAUGUUACAAUGGAAGAAGCAAUACGUCAACAACAGCAGUGCUAAAAUGAAACAUGAAUUAAAUACAGAAAUAAUCAAAGAUAAAAUAUUAGGUGAAGGGUUUUAUUUGAAUUAGGAUAAACUUGUUUAGUCAGGAUAAAAAAGUUUGGCAGUCGCAGCACAUUAGUAUCAGAGAAGAAAAUAUGGAACUCGAGAAACAAUCAAAUACUGAAUUAAUAUUAAUUAAAAGUGAAAUAGACGAGCAUUUUAUAAUGGAAGAUGAGCGAAUUAUAAAUGAAAUAUUGGAGGUUAAUGUUAAAAUCGAAGAUGGAAAUAUUAAAAAUGAAAAAUUUGAAAACAACGUUUCAAUGGAAAAUGAAAUAUUAGGCGAUAAUGUCACAAUGGAAGAAAACGGCAGUGCUAGAGUGAAACAUGAACGAAUUAAUGAAAAUGAAGAAUAUUUAUACAAAGCGAAUUAUGAAAAUAUUAAACUGGAAAAACAAUUAAGUACAGAAAUAAUAAUCAAAGAAGAAAUAUUAGAUGAAAGUGUUUUAUUAGAAUCGCAAAUAAUUUCCACUAAAGAUAAACAAUUUUCAUGUGAUAUUUGUAAUAAGAAAUUUACACAUAAAGGCACGUUAGUUCGACACAAACGGGUUCAUUCUGGAGAAAAACCAUUCUCAUGCGACAUUUGUAAUAAAAAAUUUGCCGAUAAAAGCACUUUAGCUCAACAUAAACGGAUUCAUUCUGGAGAAAAAGCAUUUCCAUGUGAUAUUUGUAAUAAAACAUUUACCGAUAGAAGCAAUUUAAUUCGACACGAACGGAUUCAUUCUGGAGAAAAACCAUUUUCUUGUGAUAUUUGUAAUAAAACUUUUAAUAUCAAAAGUAAUUUAGUGCGACACAAAUGGAUUCAUACUGAAGAAAAACCAUUUUCAUGUGAUGUUUGUAACAAAACAUUUACCGAUAGAAGCACACUGGUUCAACACAAACGUAUUCAUACUGGAGAGAAACCAUUUUCUUGUAAUAUUUGUAAUAAAAUGUUUACCGAUAGAAGCACUUCAAUCCGACACAAGUUCAUUCAUACGGGAGAAAAACCAUUUUCAUGUGAUAUUUGUAAUAAAAGAUUUAAUAUUAAAAGUAAUUUAGUUCAACACAAACGGAUUCAUACUGAAGAAAAACCAUUUUCGUGUGAUAUCUGUAAUAAAAAAUUUAAUAGACGUAAUAAAUUAAGUCAGCACAAACGGAUUCACGUUAGAGAAUAAGCGUAAAAACGAUUUCAUAGCAAAGUAAAUUUAUACAACAGUGCAAACAAAAAAUAAGUUUUUGCCGCCUACUAUGAAACUUAUUAAGUUCCGAUGUGGAGAUCUAUAGGAAUUAUCACUGAACUCGGAACUAUCACUGUCACUGAACUCGUCUCUUCUUUUUAUUACUGUAACGCAACGGUUUUGUUUAUCUUGACAGGAAGGGAAUCUUCAAUUUUAAUAUGGAAAAACCAUUUUUCAAACUAUGGAUUCUGAUUUUGUCGUUUUAGAUGACUAAUUCUAAUUAUGGUUAGUGGCUAUAACCGAUAUGUCGCUUUAUCCGAUGUUGUAUUGAGUCAGGACCUUGCCAAUUCGUUGUAAGAAUCGAUUUGUUAAAAUUUUGACUGCAUUUUGAUUUACAAAGUUUAUCUUAAAACCGUUGGAACGGAAAUUACUUGUUUUUGAAACAUUUUUUGUCUUCGAAUUGUUCUAUUAAAAGUAAAAUUUUUGUUUGAAGAUAUUUGGGACCA